UGGUUUGGGCAUUUCGUCACCAAUUCCCCGCGUUACUGAAACACUCAGCCCUAUUUGGCGGGAUUGAACCAGGAAGAAGCCUUUGUCCAGACACAAGCCCUUCCAUUACUUGCUCGACAUCAUGGAGUUUUCCAGCAGAAGGAGGAAGUUUGCCACGACUCCUCAGAUGGAGCUCUAUGGACUUCCUCUGCAGUUUUAUGGACAACCACCACUCGAGAACAUCUCUCUCGCAGAAUUUGAAACAUUCGCGGUGGAGAGAUUGAAAUUGUUGAAGACCGUUGAGAAUUUGGGCGUGAGCUAUGUGAAAUUGUCUGAGCAGUACAUCAAGAAGUUGGAUUUUGAGUUUAAAAACUUGAAUUUUCCUUACAGAGUAGACGCUGAUGACAGAAAACCUCAGUGUGGGCCAAGUGAAUAUGAGAAACGAAGAAAGGACCACAUCUCCCACUUCAUUUUGAGACUCGCCUAUUGUCAGACGGAGGAUCUCCGAAGGUGGUUCAUACAGCAGGAAGUGGAUCUAUUGCGCUACCGCUUUAAUGACCUACAUCCCAAACUGAAGCUGGAGUUUCUUCACAAAAAUAAUCUGGAAUAUGAUGCGAUUUCUAUUGAAGAGAAGCAAGUGCUGCAAGAUAAACUCAUCGACUCCAGCUACGGCGUUAGUGGAAUCACUGUGGAGGAUCAAGAUUUCUACAAAGUUCCUUUCCAAGAUGCUUUGGAUCUAGUACGAACAAGGAAAGUCUACCUCAAAGCGGGCUAUGUGUACAUCCCUCACCAGGACGUUGUCACCAUUGUGCUCAACGAUUUUCGCACAAGGUUGUCGAAAGCUCUCGCGUUGACGGCGCGUUCGCUACCGGCGGUGCAUUCUGAUGAACGGCUCCAGCCGCUCCUUACCCACCUCAGCCACUCCUAUUUGGGACAGGACUACAGCAUCCAGAAGAAUGUUGGUAAAAUCUCCUUGGAACAAAUCGAUUCAUUGUCAGGCAAAUCCUUCCCUCUGUGCAUGAGGCAGCUCCAUCAGUCCUUAAGAGAGAACCAUCAUCUCCGGCACGGCGGCCGCAUGCAGUACGGUCUCUUCCUCAAGGGCAUCGGCCUCUCCCUGGAACAGGCGCUGCAGUUCUGGAGGUCGGAAUUUACCAGAGGCAAAGUGGACGCAGACAAGUUUGAUAAAGCGUACGCUUACAACAUCCGCCACAUGUUUGGCAAAGAAGGCAAGAGGACGGACUACACCCCCUAUAGCUGCAUGAAAGUGAUUUUGUCAAACCCGCCAAGCCAAGGCGACCAUCAUGGGUGUCCGUUUCGUCACAGUGACUCGGAGCUGCUGAAGCAGAAACUUCAGUUCUACAAAGUGUCCCCAAGCGGUAUCAGUCAGAUAAUGGACCUGGUCAAAGGGAUGCACUACCAACUGGCUUGCCAAAAGUACUUUGAGCUGACUCACAAUGUCGAGGAUGCGAAUUUCUCCCUCAAUCACCCCAACCAGUACUUUGUGGAGAGCCAGAAGAUUUUAGGAGGCGGCAAAGAUGCCAAACGCGAGAUGGUGGACACCCCGCAGAGGUCACAGGGAAACUCUGCAUUUAAAAACUCCCCUGCACCUCGAGAGAAGGCAGCAGCUCCAGCCAACACAAAUGCAUCGCAGGAUUCGGCCGAGAUGUCAGAAGAUCUGGACUCGUACUUUGAAGAAGUCUGAUUUUUUUUUCUUCUUUUCCCGCGUGUAGUAAAUAAGUCUUGUUUUUCUUCAUAGGACUGAGAGGUUUUUUUU